GUAUGAUGCUUUACCAGACAUUGGUCAUGCUUGUGGACAUAAUCUCAUCGCAAUUAGUGGAGUAGGUGCUGCAAUUGGUCUCAAAGCAGUUCUUGAGAAAUUUAACAUUAAAGGAACAGUAAAGUUAUUUGGGAUCCCUGCAGAAGAAAAGGGUAGCGGAAAAACCGAUUUAAUUAAAGCCGGUGCAUAUGAAGGUGUUGAUAUUUCACUAAUGGUUCAUCCAAGUUUGGCUACCGUUCCUAGCAGAUUCACUGAUCAGGGAAAUGUAACUUACUUGGUAUCUGGAUUUCAUCCAUUAUAUGAUAUUUGUACACCUGUUCCUACAAAUGCAAAACAAAAAACUGCUUAUGAAGAAACUAUAAAAGCUACGAGUGGUAUGACUUUAGUUGGAUUAGACUUUUUAAUUGAUGAUGAAUUUGCUAAGCAAGUCAAUGAAUCUUUUACCAAAUCUAAAUUAUAA